AUGUCAACCUAUAUAAAAGGCCCAAUAUGUGGUGUUGACAACUGUAGGAGUCGAUUAUGGCGUAUAAUAGAUGGUAGAAGGACAUGUCAGUACGGUCAUGUUAUGGAAGGUGAUGUGGAAUUCAAUGAUGAUGAGGAUGAUGUGAAUGCCAUGGGUGUGGUAACUAGAAGGUUGAAUCUAACUACAAAUGCUACUGGCAACUUUCAGUCAAGUUUAAGUCUUUCUCAAUCACAGAGGUCCACACUGGGAUCAAACAAGACAGAAAAAAUAUAUGGGAAAGAUGGACGGUUAUUGUUCAUCAAGUGUUUCCAGUAUAUCUUAAGAAAGCAGACUGAGUGGCUUAUAGAAAAGGAGAAUUUUCCAAAUUCUUACUCAGAUCUAGUAAAACUGAUAUGGACUAUGCAUUUAAAACACAUCGAUCCUGUGUUAUUUGCGGACAAUAACAACGAUCGUUUAAAUGGGCAUGACAGCGAUGAAGCUGGCGACGAUGACGACGGCAAUAACUAUCCAGUUUCGGGAAAAAGGAAUGAAGUGGGAAGGCUGAAGUUGUCCAUGCUAUCCAGCAUAUCUAUACAUUAUUUGGCAUGUCUACAUUUGGGGUUGCCAAUAUUUACAAACGAUAUUCUUCGAUGGAUAUGCGUGGAUGGAUUACCGUAUUUCAGAUCUCACCAUAUACUACCGAAGGAAUGGCAGGAUAAACUACCAAAUUACUACCUACUAAUCCUUGACGGUGGGAAACCACCGUGCGAACUACAACUUCAGCAUAAAGUGGCACAAUGUGCCCAGAUAAUUAAUUUUAAAACGCAUUUCCGGUCCGUUAUACCGGCGCCUGUACUACUACUCAGACUUACCUUGAUAGAAAGACUCCCUGGGGAGUUCUACUUCUAUUCUAAGCGACUACUGCACCUAUUAUACGACAAUCUAGAAAUUCCAAUCCUAACAUAUGAGGAUAAUCAUUACCGCAGACCGCACCAAUACACCGAUAUCAAAAUUUGUAGCGUAUUCAUCGCGGCAGUUAAACUUCAACUUUUGGCGGACCAACAAUCCAAAGCUGAUAACUUCGAUGCAAACUUCGCAUCUGGAUGGCUCAAUAUGAUGAAAAGAACUGAUGAAAACCCGAAGGACAAAUUUUCAAAGGCCAAACUUAUCUUCAAAAUGACAUACUCACCUGCAUCUUCACUAGUCGACAGCAACUCCGAGAUACAAUCGGCUGCCAAUACGACACAGUAUUUGGAUUGGAUAGAAAAAAAUCUACUCUCUUUGGAAGAAACUCAUCUGGAAUCAACGCAAACGCUUGAUGAGAAAAUCGCCAACAGAAAAUUGCAUAACAUUAUCCCUUUAAAGGCAUCCCCGGAUCCUUCAUCCGGAGAUAUUGCUUUAAUUGAGGACAUACAAAGCGGAUUAUUAGAAUUUCAGUCGCUAUAUGAUCGAAAUGCGAAUCCGGGAAACUAUUACUCCAUAUUCGAGAUGGUAGACAAGAUUACCCGUGACCUUUCUCUACAUUUCGGUAUCAGCCAUGAUCAGUUGAGGGCAUCCACGGAACAUAUCAUACAAAAUAUCGAAGAAACUAUGUAG